AUGUUAGUUGAACAUUCCGGGCUCCAAUUCAUUAGGUGCAAAGUUCCUUUAUACAAAAGAAUUGGCUUCAUUCUGGUAUUGCUGCUGAGUAUCCAUUUUGCUUGCUUGUGCUUUCAUUUGCAGUGCAUGCAUGGUCCCAAAUGUAAGUUGGGAAACUUCUGCACUACAGGCAGAAGGCUGCAGGAAGCGAAUGUUUUGGGCGGCCUAAUUCUGCCUGUCUGGGGAACCAUUGAAAAGGCACUUUCGAAGCAGUUUCGACAAAGCCAUAAAAGGCUACGUGUUGUGCGCAUAGAGACCACUGCGGACAGCCAAAGAAUUGUUGGACUGCUCAUACCAAAUGCAGCUGUAGAAUCGGUGCUUCAAGGUCUAUCUGUGUUUCGAAUUUCAAUACGUAAGAUCACCACCACAUUCUUUGUUUUCCCUGCAGAUCUGGCGUGGGUUCAAGACGUUGAUGACGAGUGA